AUGCAUCGCAUAGGCGUCUUCCCCGCGUCAGGAAAAUUGGGCACCAGCAUCUACACGCACCUCAGCAAACACGUCGAUCCGGCCGACGUGAUUUUGAUUUCGAGGAACCCGGACAAAAUCGCGCCGGAGGUGAUCAACGCGGGCGCGGCGACGCGGCAAGCCGACUACGACGAUCUGGAAUCGCUGCAUCAUGUCUUCAAGGGGAUUUCGCAUCUGGUGCUGAUUUCGUAUCCGAGCUUGGAGAUCGAGCAUCGCGUCGAGGCUCACAAGACCGCCAUCAUCGCCGCCGUCGCAGCAGGCGUUUCGCACAUCUUCUACACCUCCCUCGCCUUCGGCGGCGACUGCACGCCCACCUCCAUCGCGCACGUGAUGCAAGCCCAUCUGCAAACCGAAGCCUAUCUGAAACUGCUCAUGGUGCAGAAACCCGGUUUCUCCUUCACAGCCAUCCGAGAGGGGUUGUACGCCGAGUCCUUCCCUAUGUACAUGGGCUUUCCCGACUUGCGCGGGUCGACGAUGGAUUUGCGGAUUCUCUGUGAUGGCAAAGGGCCUGGGCUCGCGUGGGCGAGCAUUGACGAUUUGGGAGAGGCGACUGCGAAAUUGGUGGAGCGGUAUUGUAAGGGGCGUGAUGUGAGGGAGUAUGAGAAUCGCGUGGUGCUGUUGUCGGGUCCGAGGGCGUAUAGUCUUGCGGAGACGGUGCAGAUUCUGGGGUCGAUUGCGGGAGAUAGGAUGGCGGUGCAUAAGGUGGGUAUUGAUGAGUAUGCGUGUGAUCCGGUGGUUCAGGACAAUCUUGAUUCGCAUGGCGAGGUGGAUGUUCCGUUGAAGUGGGCGACGAGUUUCAAGGCUGUGGAGGCGGGCGAGACUGCGGUUCCUUCGAAGAGACUGGAGAGGUUGCUGGGGAGGAGGCCGGAGACUUUCGAGAAGGCUAUGGGAAGGAUGAUCAGAGAGGCGCACAAGGGAAAAUGA